UAUGAGCCCCGCCUCCCAUGGUAGUUUCACUUCUCAGUUUAAUCCAGUCUGAGUUAACUUCCUGACCCAGGCCUCAGGAAGUGGCAGCUACGGACGGGACUAGCCGCAAAUAUCUAAGUGUCUGAGCAGUGUAGGUUAUGGAAAAGGUCCAAACUAAGGUUUUCUCAGUGGACAUACUUUACAUCAAACUCAGAAGAAGAAGGUAGGUGUGUGGGGCCCAGGACAGGAAUCCUGGAGCCUUGGAAGGAGGGGAGCCCCUUCUCCCCAGGAGCACAGUGCCGCCGGCAGAGAGGGGCCUGGUGUGUCACUGGAGGAAGUAGCCUGCAGAGGAAUACACGCCUUCAGAAGAAAUUCUGUGUGGCUCCGAGAGACUGAUCUGGUUGCAAGAGGAAAACAGCCUACCGGGCCGACAGCAUCAUGACCUGUGGAAGUCAGUAGCAGCCAGCUCAUCAUCACGGAGUGGUGCAGCUGAGGUGCCUUUUCAUCACUGGAAAAUUCUGGCUGCUUCAUCUCCAUCUCCAGAGCCAAUAUUGGAGCUUUUUAAGAAAAGCUAUGGCCUCAACCACCAGCACCAAGAGGAUGAUGGAGGAAGCCACCUGCUCCAUCUGCCUGAGCCUGAUGACGAACCCAGUAAGCAUCAACUGUGGACACAGCUACUGCCAAUUGUGUAUAAUGGACUUCUUUAAAAACCCAAGCCAAAAGCAACUGAGGCAGAAGAUGCUUUGGUGUCCCCAGUGCCGGGCUCCGUUUCACUUGGAUAGCGUCAGACCCAACAAGCAGCUGGGAAGCCUUAUUGAGGCUCUCAAAGAGAUGGAUCAUGAGAUGUCAUGUGAGGAACACGGAGAACAGCUCCAUCUGUUCUGCGAAGAUGAAGGACUGCUCAUCUGCUGGCGCUGUGAGCGGGCACCGCGGCACAAAGGUCACACCACAGCGCUUGUUGAAGAGGUAUGCCAGGGCUACCAGGAAAAGCUCCAGAAAGCUGUGACAAAUUUGAGGCAACUUGAGGACAGAUGUACGGAGCAGAAGCUGUUCACAGCAACACAAAUAACUAAAUGGAAAGAGAAGAUACAGAUUCAGAGACAAAAAAUCCAGUCUGACUUUAAGAGUCUCCAGCGUUUCCUACAUGAGGAAGAGAAGUGUUAUCUCUGGAGACUGGAGAAAGAAGAACAACAGACUCUGAGUAGACUGAGGGACCAUGAGGCCAGUCUGCGGCUGAAGAGCGAUGAACUCAACAGCCACAUCCUGGAACUGGAGGAAAAAUGUCAGGGCUCAGCCCAAAAAUUGCUGCAGAAUGUGAAUGACACUUUGAGCAGGAGUGGGGCUAUGAAGCUGGAAACACCAGAGGCCGUCUCCUUGGAGCUUCAUACUAUGUGCAAUGUUUCUGAGCUUUACUUUGAUGUGAAGAAAAUGUUAAGGAGUCAUCAAGUCAGUGUGACUCUGGAUCCAGAUACAGCUCAUCAUGAACUAAUUCUGUCUGAAGAUCGGAGACAGGUGACUCGAGGGUACCUCCAGCAGAAUCAGGACACUUCCUCUCGGAGAUUCAGCGCCUUGCCCUGUGUCUUGGGUUGUGAAGGCUUCACCUCAGGAAGAUGCUACUUUGAAGUGGAUGUUGGAGAAGGAACUGGGUGGGAUUUAGGCGUUUGUAUGGAAAAUGUGCAGAGGGGCACUGGCAUGAAGCAAGAGCCUCAGUUUGGAUUCUGGACCCUAAGGCUGUGCAAAAACAAAGGUUAUGUAGCACUUACUUCUCCCCCAACUUCCCUUCAUCUGCAUGAGCAGCCCCUGGUUGUGGGAGUGUUUCUGGACUGUGAGGCUGGAGUCGUAUCCUUUUACAAUGGGACUACUGGCUGCCACAUCUUUACCUUCCCAAAGGCUUCCUUCUCUGAUAUUCUCCGGCCCUAUUUCCAGGUUUACCAUUAUUCUCCUUUGUUUCUGCCUCCCCUAGAUGAUUAAGGAGAAAAACAGAGGCUCUUUCAUUUAACCAGCCCAAAGAAAAUAAUGUAAAUCACAUAAGGGCAGAAAUUUGGUCUGUUUUCUUCACUGCCAUUUCCUUAGUACUCAGAAUAGUGCUGGGAUUUUAGUGGAUAUGUAAUGAAUUUAUGCUGUAUAAAUGGACUUAGAAACUAAAAAUAGCACAGUUGGUUGACCUGCACUGGGGCAAAGCAAGGUAAUGGCUAUGAUCAUACAUUGCUCCAUCUGUCUUUAAUGGAUCAGGGCUCUGAUUUCCAAGGUCUUCAGGUGAGUGAGGAGACCCACAAGUCAGAAUGUCUGUGUUCUCCUAGUUUGUUUGCUAUUUGAACUCAUGGGUGAUGAAAGAAAGCUGCAAUUGUCUGCCAACUGUAUUAAAACAAAAAGGUGGAAAAUCAAAAUAGUAUUGACACUUCCAACCACUGACAGGUUGUUUAAUAAUCUGAGCAGCAGUUCUGGAGGCUACCAGACUUUCAGAGAUCUGCCUGAGAAACAGCCAAGCAAAGUGUGAGAGAAGGGUUAAGACUAGCCUACAAUGAGAUGCUUCAAAUGAACAGGGAAUUAUGAGUAAAAUCAAACUUUGGUAGGGUAUUCAGUUCUGGAAAAGAAGUUGGUAUUUUUCAGUCUGCUAGGACCAGUUACCUUGAAAUAUCUUUGAAUCUAAGUAAAUAGUUAUUGCUGAAA